AUGAACAAACUUCUGAAGAUCAAGGAUCACAUUAAUUAUGCUCUACAUGUCACUUUGGCAGAAAGUGAAAUUAGGCAGCUUGGGAAGCAGAGCAUUGUGAGACUAUUUGAAGCUACUGUCAAGGAUUUGUUGUAUAGGUGGGGUCCAAUUCCACAUAUCAUUUUUGACCAAUACAAGCACCCACUACCACCAGCAUUUGAUGCAGCGAUUCACAAUUGUGAUGCACCUGAGCUUAUCAACAGGAUAAUACAGGGAGAGUUGCCACCUUACAGUGGCCAGCUCAUUUAUAUUAGUGACAGUCACUGGACAUAA